AUGAAGAUCCUUUCGAUCUCGGCAAUGCUAGAAAGAAAUUUUAUGUGGACUUGGCCCACGGGUGAUGCCUUGGUGGAAUUUGGAUCUGAAGAUGAUGCAAGCAGGGCCAUGUCGUAUGACAGGCAGAUGAUUGGAGAUAGAUACGUUGAGUUGAGGAGGUCAUCCAGACCGAGUCUUGAGGACGAUCGUGGCGACGGGAUCAUCGGAGUCGUGACCGCGACCGGAGGCGUGACCGUGGUGACCGUGACCGUGGUGACCGUGAACGUGAACGUCGGAGGAGUCGGAGUCGAAGUAGGGGCAAAGAGAGGGAACGUUCACCUCGACCAGAGAGGAGGCAAAAGAAAGCAAGAAUUUGGCCCAGAUGGCACAGCACUUAUAGCACAGAGCGCCAACCCUCAGUUGACUCUCAAAGCCCGUCGCGUUUAUGUUGGAAAUCUGCCGCAGCUUGACCCUCCAAUCAGUGAACCGGCUUUGAAAGAGUUCUUUGAUCAAGCCAUGCACCAGGUUCAGGACCAGGGGGCUUAUUUCAAGGCUGAAUUUGCACAGGCUGGUCUGACUCAAAGUCCUGGAUGUUGCGUCUGCGAUGUCUGGAUCAGUUCAGAAAAGCACUUUGCUUUCAUUGAGGUUCGUACCGUGCAAGAGGCAACGAGUGCCAUGACUCUCGAUGGAAUUACUUUUUACGGCACACCUCUGAGAGUGAACAGGCCACAUGAUUAUGUCCCUCCAGCCCCCGAUGCGAUGAUAAUGACUAUGGCACAAGCUGGGUUAAUGGGAUCUGGAGGUGGUAUUGCCGCCAACUUGAGUGCUUUGAUGCAACAAACCAAGAAGGCUCGCAGAAUUCAUGUUGGAAAUCUCCUCGUUGGGUCCAUGACUUCAGCUAGCCUCAAACAGUUCAUUUCGCAAUCGAUGCAGCAGUUGUCACUCGUCGUCAAACCUGGAGAUCCUUGUAUAGAUUCCUUUCUGUCUGGAGAUGGAAACUUUGGCUUUGUUGAGAUGAGAACUGUUGCGGAAGCAAAUAACGCAAUGGCUUUGAGUGGCAUCGAAUGCAAUGGACGCCCCAUUCGUGUGGGUCGUCCGGCAGAUUACGUGCCUUUGAACGCGGAGUUGAUUGCUCAAUGCCAAGGAACUGGCAUCCUGGGAACACCCGGCGACGCGGGAGUGACUGAAGCUGUUGGAGCUGGAAUGCUCAAUGGCCCCGAUGAAUCCAAGGCCACGGAAGUCGUGGUCAUCAGGAACAUGAUGUCGGAUGACGACCUGGCUAACGACGAUGAAUGCAAGGAUAUUGCAGAAGACACAAUCUCAAAGUGCGAAGAAGAAUACGGAAAGGUUGUGCGAUUCGUCAUCGUGAGGCCAGGGCGUGAAGGAGCUCCAGCUGACCUCAUCGGCAACGUGCUCGUGCAGUUUGAGACCAAGGAGAGCGCAAUCAAAGCAGCGAAUGAUCUGAAUCACGUGAAAUUCGAUGAGAGAGUGGUAGAGACCGACUACAUGGACCCAGCUAGAGUUGAAGAGGUGCAGAAAUUGUAUCCUGAGCAGAGCCUUCAAUAA